AUGGCGUCAAGCGAGUCUGGGUUGGAUGAGAAACAAUGCCCAGUAGUCAACGCUUGGAUGAAACUAGACCUUGUAGUUUCCCGGGCGGCUGGUGGAAAGAUUGCCGAAGUUGGCAAGAAAAUGGAUCGUCAAUCAGUGGCUGACAACGCCGACGUUCUUGAACCCUUGAUUCAACACUUUGGCACCCUAGCUGAAUUGUUUUGCAAACAAGGGGAUCCCUGCACUCGUCCGGGCAUUGGAGUCGUGAUGGAUGUGGUGGCUCGAUUCCUUUAUCUUUCCCGACCCCGGGGGAAGGCUUUGCCCAAAAGAGACACUGAAGACGCUGACGACUACGAGAGUGCCGAGUCCGAGGCUGCCUGCUCAGACGAUGAGCCCUUGGAUGACGAUGAAGAGGAAAAACCUGUGGAUCCUACGGAUGCCAAGCCCCCUGCUCCUGCAGAUCUGGUUCCCACUGACAAGUCCAACAGUGGCACCCCCGGCGAAGUCGAGUCUCCGAUUUGCACACCGCCGCCUCGUGGCCGUAUCGAUUCACCUGUGAUGUCUGGGGAGAAGGUGGUUUUCCACGCCCGUCGUGACUUUACUUACACCGAGGAGGUAAAGGAACUGAGGAGGUUGAAGUUGUUGAAGCAGCUACAAGAAGAACGGGAACAACUGGCAAAGCUGUUGGAGCAAAAAAAUAAGUUGAAUCAUCGCGAAGAGGUCCAUGACACUUUGCCUUUGGGUGACGAUGAGUUUUCCAAGCUGGCAGCUGUUGAGGCUGAGAAGACGUCCCCUCCACCACCUACGGAUGGCGACAAGUCAGCGGAUGUUUUGAGGACUCAGUAUCAGCGUCAGCAAGAUGGGAGCACCACGCAGUAUCUAGGUACAGAUGCAGACACCAAAGAAGCAGCAAAGCAUGAAGCAAAGUCAAGCAAGAAAGGCACUGUGACAACUCCCACGGAUCCCAACCCCAAAGAGGCCACAACUUUGGCCAAAGAUCCUGUUGAAAAACUUGUCGAAACCACCGAUAGCAUGUCCCCUGCAGAGCAGAACGCAACAGUGAAUGCAGCAAACCCAAAGAAGAGGAAGGCAAACCAAGUUGCUCAAAGCACGGAUGAGGAAGAAGAAACUGAUUGGUACCCAGAACACAACUUACAAGGCCUAGAAGAGGAGGACAAUGAGGAUCCAGCAGCAAAUGGCGAGGAGGACGUUGGCUUCUUACCCAGCAGCAGCAGCAGCCGAGCCCCUACCCACAGCACUUCCAAGCCAAGCAAGGCAAAAACUUCAAAGAAUCCAAACUGCAAGAAUGACACCAAGGAUGACAAGGAGACGGAGGUUGACCAGGAAAAGCCAGCAGCUACCCGUAAAAAAAGAUCACACAAGAAGGCAGCAUCCAAACGGGCAGCCAGCAAAAGCAAAGAGGGAUUCGAGGAUGGAAGGGAUACUGAUGCUCAGAAAGGAAAGGGUUCCAAAGACUUCAGAAAGCAAGUUUCCGAACCUGUGAAAGCGGAGAGCAAAGGCACACCAGCCACCAAGACAAAGCAUUCUAGGAAGGCAAAGGGAAAGAGCAAGGAGGUUUUUGCAGACCCGCCCGCAGCAGAGAAACCAAAGAAAUCUGCAAGCAAGAAGCGCACCAGCACCCAUGACAAGAAACCAAUCAGAGAUGAGCAUGACAACGCACAGGCAGAGAGAAAAGCCCAGCUGUCGCGAAAGUCAUGUGCAUACAAGAAAGCAAGGGCCCAGGCAAGGAAUGAAGGAAAGACAGAGGAAGAAGCUGUCAAGGCAGCAAAGCCUAUGCAGCCUGCAACUGAAGAGUUCAGCCAGCAAGAGCGGUGA